AUGGCUGCUCCAUCGCCGGCCGUUCAAUGUAACGACUGUACAACCAGGAGCGGUAUCGUCUACCACACACAGCAGACGACGUUGGACACAAGCAACGCAGCAGCAACUCGUCGUUCCGAUGCCGACUUCACUGAGAGCAAUGUGUCAUUUCACACUCAGCACACGACAUUGGAUCUGAGCAACGCAGUGUCAAUUCGCCGUUCUGGUGGCGAGUCUAACGAGACCGAUGUAUCAUCGCUGGAGAAGCGCAGAUUCGCACACCCAGGCGAGUUCAACAAUGACUACGAUGCGUUCUUCGCCGCUAUGUUAAGUCAACCCGGGGUGCUCUAUGUGCCUCAUCGACUGAUCCAGCAGGGUCAGUGGGCAUCCACGGCUUCAGCCCCUCUCAAGAAAUUCAGUGAUAAUCCCGGGCAGAAAGUCUUCAUGUCCGUACAAGGGAUAGCCGGCUGUACUACCGUCGUCGUGGUCUCCAGACAGGCUGUGUACAUGAACCACAUUUGGGAAGCGCCGACUUUCGCGAAGGGUGUGAGGUGGAAGCACGAUGAUCAGUCCGGGAUACAGGAAAUCAUAUCCACAGACGAUGUAUUCAAUGCCAAUAUACAGGUCAUCGAUAGCGGAGACGCAACACUUAUGUCGGGCGGCACACAGUGGGACGGGAGACUGCCCUGGCUGCCAAGCCUGAGAGAUCAGACAGGCGGUGUCUUUCAUCCCGACCAGGACGGUGGGGUCAGGGUAUUCAUCAUCACCCCUGGUCCUCACAACGUUCCGUCCCCGAGAGCACCGAAGUAUCCCGUGCGGGUUGGCAUCAUCAAGCAAUGGCUUGCUAUGGCAUUCAAAGCUGACAGCGAGAUCAUUCCCUACGCGAGGCCGGCCGACGAAGACUCCAAGGAUCCAAAUAAAGCCGCUGGCAAGAUACUGUUCAUGUUCGAUCCUUCACAGGAGGAUAUCCCGUCCAGACGAAUGGGUCCAGGUGGUGUACCACUGUCAUGUACGACAAUUUAUGCUGGGUAG